AUGACAACCAGUGACACACUCAUAGGGCAGGCGCUGGCCGGCGCGGGCCCCGGCGGGCUCAGGAGAGGCUGGGAGGCGAGCUGGGAGGCCGAGCGGCCCGCGGGUAGCGCCGCCACCGCCUCGGCGCCGCCGCCGCAGCCUCGGCGGAGCAGCUCCUCUCACGACCCUCGGAGCCACAACAACCUCCACUUCCGCCUCCCGGUCACAGGGUGCCUUUUGCGUGGGCCGGCGCGCGCUGCGAUUGGCUGGGGUGGCAGGCACGUGGCUGGCGUGGCGGCGUGGAGCUGGAUCCAUCUGGACGCAAUCGCGAAGAGCUUUGGCCUCAAGAUGCACAUAGGACGGCUUUUCCAGUCCUCACGUCUCCAGUGGGCUUGGAGGGCAGCCUUCCUGAGACACAACCAGUGCGGGUCCCAGGGAGCCUGGCGACGGACACAUUCCAGAGGCGGUCCCUACAGGGCGGUCAUUUUUGACAUGGGUGGAGUUCUCAUUCCUUCCGCAGGGAGACUGGCUGCAGAAUGGGAGGAACAGAAUCACAUCCCCUCCGGAACGAUAUUGAAGACCUUCGUCUCAGGCGGUGAAAACGGGCCCUGGAUGAGAUUUAUGCGAGGAGAGAUGACAGUAGAGACUUUCUUACCAGAAUUUGGGAGACUCUGCUCUGAAACUUCAGAGACCUGUGUGUCCAUGGGCUCCUUUUUCUCUCUGCUGACCAGUGAGCAAGUGGCGAAGCCGUUCCCAGUGAUGACUGAGGCCAUAACUCAAAUUCGGGCAAAAGGACUUAAGACUGCAGUCUUGAGCAAUAAUUUCUAUCUUUCCAAUGGCCAAAGCUUUUUGCCCCUGGACCGGAAGCAGUUUGAUGUGGUCGUGGAGUCCUGUCUGGAAGGUGUCUGCAAGCCGGACCCCAGGAUAUACAAGCUGUGCUUGGAGCGGCUCGGCCUGCAGCCUUCUGAGUCCAUCUUUCUCGAUGACCUUGAGGAGAAUCUCAAAGCAGCUGCCAGCCUGGGUAUGCGCACCAUCAAGGUUAAUGACCCAGAGGCUGCAGUAAAGGAAUUAGAAACUCUCUUGGGCUUUACCUUGAGAACAGUUGUUCCAAACACUCGCCCUGUGAGAAACACAAUGGAAAUUCCCAAAGAUUCCUUGGAGAAGUACCUCAAGGACGUGCUGGGGACCCAAACCACAGGCCCACUGGAGCUCCUUCAGUUUGACCACGGGCAGUCAAACCCAACUUACUACCUCAGGCUGGCCAGCCGGCAGCUGGCUCUGAGGAAGGAACCCCCGGGGACACUGCCCCCGGCUGCCCCCGCGGUGGGGAGGGAAUUCAGGAUAAUGAAAGCCCUGGCGAACGCUGGAGUGCCUGUCCCCAGAGUUCUCGACUUCUGUGAGGAUUCAAGGAUCAUCGGCACACCCUUCUACCUGAUGGAGUACUGCCCAGGCCUCGUCUACAAGGACCCCACUCUGCCAGGCUUGGAGCCCAGCCAGAGGCGGGCCGUGUACACGGCCAUGAACAGAGUCCUGUGCAGAAUCCACAGUGUGGACUUCCAGGCUGCGGGCCUAGAGGACUACGGGAAACAGGGGGACUGUAUCACACGCCAGGUGCGAACCUGCAUCGAGCAGUAUCGGGCCUCAGAAACCAGCACCAUCCUGGCGAUGGAGCGGCUCAUCAAGUGGCUGCCGCUUCAUCUUCCUAGUCAACAGAAGAUCACGGUGGUGCACGGGGACUUCAGGCUGGACAACCUGCUGUUCCAUCCAGAAAAGACCGAGGUGCUUGCUGUCUUCGACUGGGGACUUUCUACCUUGGGUGACCCCCUGGUGGAUGUGGCCCACAGCUGCAUGGCUCACUACCUGCCACCCGAGUUUCCCACACGGCCAGGUUUGGGUGGCCGAGAUUUGACUCCGCUGGGCAUCCCCACUGCAGAGGAGUAUUUCCGGAUGUACUGCCUUCACAUGGGGAUUCCUCCCGUCGAGAACUGGAACUUCUACAUGGCCUUCUCCUUCUUCCGGGUGGCUGCAGGCGUGCAGGGGGUCCACAAGCGCCCGCUCCCAGGGCAAGCAAGCUUGGCAGCCACUGAACACACUGGAAAGCUGACUGAGCUCCUGUCUGACCUGGCCUGGGAGUUCGCGGUCAAAGAAGGGUUCCGGGUUUUCAACAAGAUGCCAGCCACAAAGCCGUCGGUGGGGUCCUACCACACGCGGGCUGGCCCACGGUCCCUGCUGGGCACGCCAGGAACCAGGAGUUAUAGCUCCCUUCCGGAAUCUUCCUCAGCCCACUCCUCAAAGGGAGCUCUGGUCAUCUCUCCGGAGGCCCAUUCCCCGCGGGUCGGGGAGCUCUGUCGGCGGCUGGAGCAGUUUGUGGGACCACACAUGUACCCCGUGGGGCCAGGGCUGCGGAGUCGCCAGGCCUCGGCGGACAGACGGACCCCCUCCCCACUGGCCGGUGAACUGACCGAGAAAGGCAAGGCCGAAGGACUUUGGAGCCUUUCCCUGCCCUUGGAGCCGGAUCCCGGGGGAAGACGCGGAGCAGCACUGACCAACGCGGAGGAGUACGCGCAUCCGUGCGAACUCCCGGGCAUGUCUCUGUAUGCGCCCGAGAUAUUUAACUGUUAUGCUCCAGACACAGGGAACAUGGAGCUUCUGGUGCGCUGUGGCACCGAGGGGCAGAAGGCCCGCUGGCUGGUCCCGCUGCUGGAGGGAAAGGCCUGCUCCUGCUUCGCUAUGACAGAGCCCCAGGUUGCCUCAUCAGACGCUGCCAAUGAGUCUUCCGUCAGAGAGGAGGAUGGCUUCUGUGUCACAAAUGGUCACAAGUGGUGGAUCUCAGGUGACAAGGGUCAUCUGAUGAAGCUCUGCGUGUUCAUGGGAAAAACAGACCCGCGUGCCCCACCCCACCAGCAGCAGUCUGUGCUCUUGGCUCCCACGAACGCCCCGGGAAUAAAAGUCAUCCGGCCUCUGACAGUGUGCGGGCUGGAGCACGCGCCGGGUGGCCACGGGGGAGUCCUGUUUGAGCAGGUGUGCGUGCCCGAGGAGAGCAGCAUGGUCCUGGGUCCUGGCCAAGGCUUCCAGAUUGCCCAGGGCAGACCGGGGGUCCCUGGCAGGACCCAUCACUGCACACGGCUGAUCGGGCACUCGGAGAGCGCCCUGGCGCCCAUGAAGGCCCACCUGAGUUCCCAUGUGGCCUUCGGGAAGCCCCUGGUGGAGCAGGGCACGACCUUGGCGGACAUCACGCAGUCUCAAGUAGAGAUCGAGCAGGCCCUGCUGCUGGGGCUGAAAGCUGCCCACCUCAUGGACGUGACAGGGAAUAAGGCUGCAGCUUUAGACAUCGCCAUGAUUAAAAUGGUGGCUCCGUCCACGGCGUGCCGAGUGAUUGACCGUGCUAAUCAGGCCUUUGGAGCAGCGGGGCUGAGUCACGACUACCCGCUGGCUCAGUCCUUCGCCUGGGCCCGAGCGCUCAUUGCCGAUGGCCCCGAUGAGGUGCACCGGGCAGUGGUGGCCCAGGUGGAGUUGAAGCCUCACAUGUAGACCAGCAGGCCUGCGCGAGCCAGAAUGUCCCUACCAGACCGCGACGCCUGGUGUGAAACCAGACUGCGAAGGCCUGGUAUGUCUGAUUCCUGCACCUUGUCGGCAGCUGUGUCCUGGGACGGUCAUUGUGAACACAGCCUUUCUGGGUCCCCACAGCCGGCAUCUCUGUGACAAGCCUUGAGUUCGCUGUUUCAGCCAAGGACGAAGGGACGAAGGGACCGAGCCUGUGAAGCCGGUCUUCAGGCUCCAGGCCAGCGCAGGCAGCCCACGUGCCCUCCCUGGCGCUGGCACGCUGAGGCUGUGGGGAUCUGGACCAACAUCAGGAGCCCCGCUGGGUGGAGUGCCUGUGCUUGCUCCCCACAGGGGGCUUCCGGGUCCCCGCGGGCCCUUCCCCUCGAGGAGAGGGCGGCCCUGAGGGCUGCAGCUGAAGACCCAGGCCCAGUGCUGCUGGGAAAUGAAAGUGAAAUCACUAAGCUGCUGCCAUCUGAUUUUCUUCGUUUGAGUUUCCACAUCACACAACACUAAUUAUGAUACUAUUUUGGAAGGGGGCUUUGGGAACACGAAAGGAUUAGAAAAUACAUCUCAAGAGACUCCAUGAAUGUCUUUACAUCAUUCAACAGGAAUUGGGAAUA